AUGAACCGCUGUGUGUGCCGCUGCGUGUGCCGCUGCAUGAACCGCUGUGUGUGCCGCUGCGUGUGCCGCUGCAUGAACCGCUGUGUGUGCCGCUGCGUGUGCCGCUGCAUGAACCGCUGUGUGUGCCGCUGCGUGUGCCGCUGCAUGAACCGCUGUGUGUGCCGCUGCGUGUGCCGCUGCAUGAACCGCUGUGUGUGCCGCUGCGUGUGCCGCUGCAUGAGCUGUGUGUGCCCCUGUGUGUGCCACUGCGUGUGCCGCUGCGUGUGCCGCUGCAUGAACCACUGUGUGUGCCGCUGCGUGUGCCCCUGCGUGUGCCGCUGCAUGAACUGCUGUGUGUGCCCCUGUGUGUGCCACUGCGUGUGCCGCUGCAUGUGCCGCUGCAUGAACCACUGUGUGUGCCGCUGCGUGUGCCCCUGCGUGUGCCGCUGCGUGAACCGCUGCAUGUGGCCCUGUGUGUGCCGCUGCAUGAACCGCUGUGUGUGCCGCUGUGUGUGCCGCUGCGUGUGCCCCUGCGUGUGCCGCUGCAUGAACUGCUGUGUGUGCCCCUGCGUGUGCUGCUGCGUGAACCGCUGUGUGUGCCCCUGUGUGUGCCACUGCGUGUGCCGCUGCGUGUGCCGCUGCAUGAACCGCUGUGUGUGCCGCUGCGUGUGCCGCUGCAUGAACCGCUGUGUGUGCCGCUGCAUGUGCCGCUGCGUGAACUGCUGUGUGUGCCGCUGUGUGUGCGGGCACCUUCUUGCUGGGGUUGCCAGCAGACCCACUGACAGGACUCGUGGGGUUCUCGUGGUACCAGGGUCCUUCCCGCUGUGA